UGAAGCACUUGUAUUUGAUUAUUUAACUGUGUUUUAAUAAGUGUACCUACUGAUAUUUUGCUACUAAAUGAAAGUCAGACUUCUUGAACAUUUGAACUUUAAUAAGUGCACAUUGAUAUUUUGUUAGUGGAUGGGAGCAAGAUUGGAACAAGACUCCACAACAUCCACCUGGAACAAAACUUGGGAGCACAAUAAGGAAUCAGAAGAGUUGUGCAUCCUAAGAAUGGAAACUGAGCUGAACACAUCUAGAAACACAAUAAUUUUGGAGGAUGAUGUUGAAAUUGAUCAUCAAAAAGAAAUAAAGAAAAAUAUGUCAAGCACUACAACAUUCAUCCUUCUGGGUUUUGGUAAUCUCCUUGAACUGCGAUUCUUCCUCUUUGCAUUGUUUUUUGCCAUCUAUGCUUUGUCUCUUGUUGCAAACCUCCUAAUUGUUUUUCUGGUUGUGGUUGACCAGCACCUUCAAACCCCCAUGUACUUCUUCAUCAUGAACCUGUCCUUCUUGGAGACCUGCUACAUUUCAACCAUCCUCCCCAGGAUGCUGGUCAGUUUCCUUACUGGGGAUAGGUCCAUAUCCAUUAAAGGGUGCAUCACACAAUACUAUUUCUUUGGUUUCUUGGCAGCUACGGAAUGUUAUCUUCUGGCCAUGAUGUCCUAUGACCGGUAUUUGGCAAUAUGCAAACCUCUGCACUACUCAACCAUCAUGAAUGGUAGACUUUGCCUCCAGUUAGCAUUCACUUCUUGGAUAAGUGGCCUGUUAACCAACACUAUCAUAACAUCUCUCAUGGUAGAGCUCACAUUCUGUGGGCCCAAUGAAAUUGAUGAUUUCUUUUGUGAUGUGUAUCCUGUGGCAAACCUGUCUUGUAGCAAUACCCACAUAGUAAGAACUGCAGUUUUUAUACUAGGGCUGAUUGUGACAUUACCCCCUUUUCUACUAACAUUGGCUUCCUACAGCUGCAUUAUUUCCACUGUCUUGCAAAUGAAAUCCAAGGUAGCGCAGCAAAAGGCCUUCUCCACCUGCUCUUCUCAUCUGAUUGUUGUGUCACUUUUCUAUGGGUCAAUAUUCCUUGUCUAUAUAGUCCCUGAAACAGAAACACUGAAGAAACUACACAAAAUGUUUUCUCUGUUCUACACCAUCCUGAUUCCCAUGCUGAACCCCCUCGUAUACAGCUUGAGAAAUAGGGAGGUGAAGCAAGCUCUGUUCAGAUCUGUCAGAAAAUUCAGCAGCAGAGUUUUGUAGCUUUGCAAUGCUGUGCCGGAGCUGGUGAAGUAUGCAGAAAUACACAUAGUUGAAGGGUUGAGAAAGGAUUUGCCAUUAAUGGGGAU